AUGGCAUCGACAUCAGCAGAAAUCACAACAAGCACUACAACCCAGACUAUCAGGGCUAGCUCAACGACUCAAGCGCCUACUUCAAUGGCAUCGACAUCAGCAGAAACUACCGCAACGACUGCUAAUGCUGCAGUUACAACGACCACUUCUAAACCCGUAACAAGUACUACAAUCGCGGCUACGACUAGCAGUAACAAACAGUCAAGUACUAUGACUUCGACUACCAUCGCAGCAGACACUACCACUACGGCGUCAGCGACUACGACAGCUCAAUUGCAAUCAACGCUGAUGACGACGACAACAGCGCAAACGUCUUUCAUGAAAACUACAACAGUGAAAGAAACUACCAGCGAAGCUUCCAGCUCAGCAAUGACUUCUGCAAUCACCUCGACGACAACAAGCGCUACGCCUUCCACCACGGCGGUGUCGCCAUCUGCGACAUUACAGGCGCAAACUACAACGUCAACAACAACAGAUGUGACGGACAGUAAGACUCCAACGAUGACCACUGCUGAGCAGACAACCAUCAUGAUCACAGCAACUACUCCAAUUGAGUCAGCGAGUAUUGCAGUUACAGCCAAGCCAACAACAAUCACCCCACAAGAAACGCCAGAUAUGGAAACGUCUGAAUUGCAUGAAUCCACCGCGGACGCAACUACGACUUCACCAUUGGAAUCUACGACAGCAACUGUGAAAACUUCAUCUAUCAAAUCCACAAUUUUGCUAUCCACUUCUGGAAAAGAAAGGAUCAUUACGUCCUCACCGAUGGUCAACGGUACGACAAUGGCUGCGAUAAUAAACGCUUCCGUCAAAGCAAUUGAAAUGACAAGUUCAAAAAGCACUCUUACUUCUACUAUCGGGACAACCCCUCAAAAAACCCUAGAUGCUGGCACCACCACAAGAAUUGUCGAGACUGGUACAACGGCAAGUCAUUCCACAUCUUAUUUUGGAACUGCGAAAAGCUCAGAUAAAGAAGAGGAGGAUGUUCUGACCACUACCGAAGUCGAUCUGAAGUCAAAUAUGGCAGGAAUCGCUGUGAAUGUAUCCAUCGACUCGGAAGAAGAACUAGCUGUGGACUCACAAUCUUCGAUAUCAUUGGUGACAUCAACUCUACGACAAUCUGAAAAGAUAGAUAGGACGCUGAGCUUGGAUGCAGAGGAUAUCAGAAGCCCACCACCAUCCGCACCCCUCGAUAAGGAAUGCUCUACCAGGACUUUGUUUGUCAACAUUUCGACUAUGAAUAAACCUUUAGUGCUUCAAGAACCAACUUGUUUGACUGUGGCAGCGCCAAAGGAUGCUAACAGUAAUGGCACAAUUUCAUGGACUAUCAAUGGGAAGCCUCUAUCUGAGACUGACAAUGUUUUGACUUUGAAUGGAUUGAAGAAGGACAACUACGAGAUCUGCUUUGCCCACGGAGAAGAGACCACUUGUGCACAGGUGUCAGUACAGGAGCCUCUUUCCGUUGUGAUAGAUAAAGCCGAUGAGAAUCUUACGAAGUUUAUUGACGAAGAGUUAAUAUUGAAUGUUUCAUCAAGCUCUCCUAAUGCAUUUAAAACCGGAUGGAAAUGCCGAGUAUACCGUAGCACAGAGUUUUCAGAAGAUACACAUUCCUCAAACUGUUUCCGUGCUGGCAGCGUAACAGCAAUCGACUGGGGUGCUAAUGUUGUCAAAUUCCCCAAAUCAUCUAAUUUCUUCGUAGGGCCUGGAACUUAUGAGAUAGAAGCCACAAUUACAGACAGCAUAUCUGGGAACGAAGCCAAUAAAAUAAUUAUUGCGAUAUUAUUGGCAAGACCCAGCACGUUCGCUACAAGCACACAAGCACUUACGCCUACGAGCUCAUCGCAUCGGCAUAUUUCUACCACUUCUCAUCCUUCCAAAGCAGAAACCCGUAAGGAAUAUAAGCAAGUUACGCUCUCUCCUCGAGAGCGUCUCGAACUUUCGAUGAAGCUAAAAAACGUCACAACCGAGGUCAUUAGUAUAAAUUAUACUGAUCCGUCUGGAAACGAACUUGUUAAUCAUAUGGAAACGUUGCCGCCUAGUCAGCUCAAUACUAUCAUUACCCUGAUGCUUGGCGAGAAAGCAAUGGUGUCUGAUGAUAUGACGUCGUCCGAAAUAAUUGCAAAACUGAAGGAGGCCGUGGAUACAAGGAAUGGAUUCCUGGCUGAGAAGCUCAAUAAGGCUAUAGCCCAACUGCAUGAUAUCGAAAUCAACACAUCGGAAUCGCUGGUUGAAAUAGUGAAAACUCUUGAUAAUGUCUUAAGGGAAACAAACUCUUGGAGCAUAGCUCAACUGCCGAACUCUGAGGGCCUGUACUUUGGUACCAUAGAAGCAGAAAAAUUUGCGGCUGUCGGCUCUAAGUUGAUGAUCGACAUAAACGCGAGGGAAGUGUUCGUAAGGGGAGACAUCCGCGCUGGUCGACUACAAAAGGAUCGCGUCUGCCAUUUAAUCAUUGAUGGCAGCAAGCUGGGUCUGCAAGGAAACUACGAUCAUAGUCUGCAGGCAAAUAUAGCAGCUGAUAUUUAUCAAAAGAGUUCAAAAAUCAAAUUAAAGUUGAGCUCCACCGGUAUGCCACCAACUAAAGCUUAUCGGAUACAGUUGUGGAAUUCUAGUUAUAUAACAUACGAUGUGGAAAAGGAUUCUGCAGAUAAGCUUGAAACGAUGAUAGCUGGUACAGCAUUACAAGGAGAAAGUCUUGCAUUCAAAGUGAAUUACGAAGAUUAUGAUUACACUGUAAAGUAUAGUAAUGGGACUGUGAGGGUUAUGGACUUAGCAAACGACACUAUGAUGUUGUACUAUGCGGGUGCACGGCAAAUUUAUUCCUCUGAUGGAGAGUUAACAGAUGAUCUGGACUAUCUAUUCGACGAUGCCCUUGUUGUCGAAAAUAUAGCAAGAAAUAGUAUAACAAAAGGAAAUUGGCCUCGCUUACUUCUGCAGCCAUUUGGGAAUGGAUUACUAGGAGCAAGCGUGAAUUUUGAAGACGUGUCAAUGCCAGCUGUUGGAAUGAUAUCGCAAGUUCCUGAGGCAACUGUACUAACAGUUACAUCAGGUACAUUUGCAAAUGCGGAGGAACUAGAAUAUUCGUUAACGCAUGACUCUACUUUUCAAACAGUUUCCGGAAAGAUAAGUCUUGCAAACGGAAGAACGUUGACUCUGACUGAUUCUCCUCUACAAUACACCGGCAGUGGCUUUUCCAUCGGCAUGGGAAGUGAAGUACUGAGUAUAGAAGAUGCCAGAUGGGAAUAUAAAAUCGAUUUGCAAACGCCAUAG